AUGACCAUCCCCUUUGUCCUCUGUGUGCUUAUGUCGACAGUGUUGGCGGCACAAAACACCUUUACUCUCUACGCCUAUGGGACCAAUAUCAGUGGAUCGCAAGUGUUUUACUCUCAAGGCAUCGCCCAAAUCGGGGAUGUGAGAUAUGCAAAUAGCUCCAACGUGUCGAAUGUCUACUUCUACGAAGAAUCUGGAAAAUUUAUAGCCAACCCAAACAUCACAAGCACCACAGCGAGUCUCAAAGCCAGCGAAUCAAAUACAACCUGGACCGAUCUCAGCUUCUAUAUACCCAAAUCCUCCGGUCAGCCGCUGGGCUUCACGACCAACAUUAACUCGGCCGAAGUCACCACUGGCAGCUGGCAUUUCUACGGAGAAUAUGCGUUUAUAGAAAACUCGGCGGGCCAGCUGGAAUCCCAUUUCUUCGCACAGCCUACCGAUGUUGACGGAGUUUACAAUAUCUUGUGGAGCUUGUCUGACCAGGCGCAGCUGGCGUCUCCGGAGAUUAAAUCCAUCUCCAUUCGGACCAUUCCACCGGCGAGUGGCUAG